GGAUGAGAUCCCUGAAACACCUCAAACAUCACUCCAGGAACAAUGUGGAGGAGGAGAGCGGCCGAAUGGUGCGGACUUACCCAAAGGUGACUGAAGGCCAAAUGGACGUGGGCACACAGACUGAACCUGUUGUGGUUCUAUCUCUGGCCCAGGCUGCUGUUCUCGGACUCAUCUCCCAAAAUGAAAUAUUUGGUGCCACAAUCGCACCAAAUGGUUUUUACACAGGAGAGCCCAAAGAGGGCCCGCCUCCACCACCCGAAGCCAUGGAGUACGAGUACGCAGACCAGCUGAUCGGGGCCAAUGGGGACUACCUGCCUGAGCCUGCUGGGGACACGGCCUCUCAGCUUAGCGCUAGUGAGAGCAGACGGCCUAUCCCCCAUGGACCUAGGACCAAGAGACCCAGGAGUGACAGAGAGUUAGUGGCUUACCCGCCCAAACUAUCAAGUCCAAAAGCUCAGGUUAAAGGUGAACUGAUUGAGUCUGCGACAUCUCCUGCGUGCGUUCACAUGAACAACAGGUGUAUCCCCGCCAAGCAAGGGGAACACAUUGCAAAUAAAAAAAGCUCUCUGACUGAGCAAGCUUGCAGAAACUGUUCUUCAUGUGUGAGAGAAACUUCCCUACCACAAGAAGGUGGAUCCCUAGGACAAGAACAAGAGGAAAGCGUGAAUACUAACAGGAAGGAAGAGGAGUCAGUCGUGGAAGAGGAACCAGAGGAGGAGGCGCUAAAUCUAAAGACCGGUGGAGAUACUGCCGAACCUCUGGACAAUAAAUAUUUUCAAUCCAACGAGGUGGCAUACGAGCCUGCUGGCAUGCCGCUGCCAGGGGAGUACGAGGAAAACGGCCAGGCCAUGCUGUGGUCAGACCCGGAGGGCCUCGCCAGGCGAAUGCAAAUAGACCGCCUGGACAUCAAUGUACAGAUCGACGAGUCUUACUGCGUAGAUGUGGGCGAGGGUCUAAAACGAUGGAAGUGCCGGAUGUGCGAGAAGUCGUACACAUCUAAAUAUAACCUCGUCACUCAUAUCUUGGGCCAUAAUGGAAUAAAGCCCCACGAAUGUAUCCACUGCGGAAAGCUCUUCAAGCAGCCGAGCCACCUCCAAACUCACCUACUGACCCACCAGGGGACUCGACCUCACAAGUGCACUGUUUGCGAGAAGGCCUUCACACAGACCAGCCACCUGAAGAGGCACAUGCUGCAGCAUACCGAUGUCAAACCCUACAGCUGCCGCUUCUGCGGCCGUGGCUUCGCCUACCCCAGUGAGCUGAGGACCCACGAGAGCAAACACGAGAACGGUCAGUGCCACGUCUGCACCCAGUGCGGCAUGGAGUUCCCGACUUAUGCACACCUGAAGCGCCACCUGACCAGCCACCAGGGCCCCACCACGUACCAGUGCACCGAGUGCCACAAGUCCUUCGCGUACCGCAGUCAGCUGCAGAACCACUUGAUGAAGCACCAGAACGUACGUCCCUACGUUUGCCCGGAGUGUGGCAUGGAGUUUGUCCAGAUCCAUCACUUGCGGCAACACGCCCUCACUCACAAGGGAAUGAAAGAAUUCAAGUGUGAAGUCUGCUCCAGAGAGUUCACCUUGUCUGCCAACCUGAAGAGACACAUGCUGAUCCAUGCCAGCGUGAGACCCUUCCAGUGCCACGUGUGCUUCAAGACCUUUGUCCAAAAGCAGACUCUUAAGACGCACAUGAUUGUCCAUUUGCCCGUAAAGCCGUUCAAAUGCAAGGUGUGCAGCAAGUCCUUCAACAGAAUGUACAACCUCCUCGGCCAUAUGCACCUCCACGCCGGCAGCAAGCCUUUCAAAUGCCCUUACUGCAGCAGCAAGUUCAACCUGAAGGGCAACCUCAGCCGACACAUGAAGGUCAAACAUGGCGUCAUGGACGGCACGAUAGAGGGGCACGAGCCACCUCAAGACACAGAAGGACAGGAAGAGUAUGAGGAGGAGAGCUUUGAAUUCAGCGAGCGAGAGAACCGGGCGAACAACAAUAACAACAACAAUACACCGGACAUUUCGAAACUAUCUUCAAUGGAGUAUUACAGCACCUAUGGGAAAGGAGGAGGACGUUGCAGUGCCACAUGAGUUAGCAAAGCGAGCGACCCCAAAAUGAAUAUGAAGGAUAGAAAUUACUUUUUUUUUUCUUUUUUUUUUUGCUGUUAAGGAGCUUGGCUUGUUCUUCAACAAAACCAAGCAGAGCUGCACAUUCGUAUGCACUGGAAUCACCUACAAUGUUACGGAACUACUUUUUCCGACUCUAUUCACUGGCCACAAUUAGGUACACUGCACAGCUGCAAUGGUGGAAGACAGUGGUUGUCAAACUUAUUACUCCACCAUCAUGACCAACAUUACAAUACAAUCGCAAGACUAAAUGCAAACGUGUUGAACUUCAAAGUUAAAUACAACUGAACUGUACUUAGGCUGUGAUUCUGUCGCCUACCAUGAGAGGGAGCCACUAGUGGUACCUGUAGCACAUUUUUUAAAAUAACUGGUGUAGAACAUGCACUGCUUCAAAUUGUUGCAUUUAACUUUUGAGCACAUUAUAUUUGCAUUUAAUCUUUUAGAACGAUUUGUUUUCCAACAUUUAUCUAAUUUGAUUUAACUUUUAUGCACCGUACAUUUUAAUUUAAUCAUUAAGUACAGUUGUUUUUUUCUGUAUUUAAGCACAGUGUUAACGUUCAAACAGCAUAAUGUUACGCUGGUUUACAAUAUUAAGUUUACUUUUCAAGAAUAUAACCUCUGUCUUGUUUUUAAUGAACAGUUAAGCCUACUACACUACUGUAUUUUGAUGCUGGUCAUUAUGGUGGUACUCUGAGAGCUAAAAAGUUUGUUAAGUGGUACUUGGUGUAAAAAGUUUGAGGACCACUGCUCUAAGGUAAUCAAAAUCAUAAUACCACUUCUCAGUUUGAUGCACCGCAGUGCUACACCACUCAACCACAAAAAUAAACAUACGGUAGUUAAAUACACACCUCUGUCAGUCAAGAUCAAAAUGAGUAUUAAAUUCAGAUUUCUUUGGUUGUUGUAUUGGAUCGAAUCAGACAGCAUGCAGGUGUACCUACUGAAAUGUCCAGUGAGUCGAUUUUUUUUUUUUUUAUUAUUUGGGGGGGGGGGGGGGGAAACAACACAAAAAACAAUUGUACGAGGUAUACUUGCAAGCAAGUGGACUGCCUACAAUGGGGAAGAUUUUGUAGUGUCAUGAACAUCAUCUGAGCCUAAUGUCCAAAAGCACAUUUGAAGAUUGAUGCACAGAUGUUGUUUUACUGCACUUACACACUGAGACAAUCCUGAUCGCUCUAUUGUAUGUAAACUAAUAGAAAAGGUUGGAGAAAGUGGACACUUGUUAUUGUGCAUUUCACUCACCAAAGCUUAACUUUGCACAGGUCAACUUUGGUUUGUACUGUGACGAAUCAAAAUGUCUGCGAAAUUAUCUAAAUACCACUGGAAUGCCGUGCUACGUUUUAUUGUAUAAUAUUGUACAGAAUGUAUCAGUUUUAUGUUGACUGGUAACCUAACUGGUGCAAUGCAUUGAGGACCACUGUCUACUUUUUCGGUUUCUGCAUUAACUGUCACCACUAUGUCAAGCUAGUAGUCUAUGAAUGUCAUUAUUUGAAUUAAAUGUUUUCAUGAGAAAAGAAAAACUAAACAGCAGAGCCCCGUUACCAAAGAAUCUGAGCGAAUCUUGCCGCCACGGGCGGCGUGAGUCUUUUUGUGUCGGGACACUGGAUUUCUUAAGGUCCAAUUUCAGACAUGGUGAAAUUGCAUUCAGGCUCCCUUCCCCAACUCAUCUGUAGAUCUCUUCAAAAGAUUACCAGAGACCCAAAGGCAUUACUGCUACAUUUCCCGAAAGCAAUGCAAACCUAGUAUUCAUAUAACUUAUUUUUUUAAUGGAUGAAUCUCAACAAGAAUUGUCCUUUAAAAAAAAAAAGGAAAAAAAAAGUCAAAGAAAUAUUAAGUGCCCUGGCGUGUUGUGGGAGCCGCCAUCCAUCAUGAUGUGCGACGCGCUCAAGUGAUGAACGACAACCUCCCACCAUGUGACAGGGCCACGGACCUUGCGGAAAAUCAUUCAAGAAGCCUUCAAUGGAUUCAGUUUUCCCAAAGCUUAGCCCACCCCCCCAAAAAAAAACAACACUUCAUUCAUGUGCAAUGUCGAUCAUACAUUCCAAAUAAAGAUGCU